AUGCUUGCUAGAACUCUUGUUCUCCUCUCGAUCGCCUCUUUGGGUGCUGUGGGUGCCCCGGUCAAGCGCGACGAAGAGGGCACCGUCGUCGACCCGGCGCGUGAGAUCAUUUGGACGAAGAACUACGGAGAGUAUGAGAAGCGCGAGGAGGAUAGCACCGUUGUUGAUCCCGCUCGUGAGAUCAUCUGGACCAAGAACUACGGAGAAUAUGAGAAACGUGAAGAAGACGGGGCUGUUGUCGACCCCGCCCGCGAAAUCAUCUGGACCAAGAACUACGGAGAAUAUGAGAAACGCGAAGAAGACGGGGCUGUUGUCGACCCCGCCCGCGAAAUCAUCUGGACCAAGAACUACGGAGAGUACGAGAAACGCGAGGAGGAUGGUGCCGUUGUUGAUCCCGCUCGUGAGAUCAUCUGGACCAAGAAUUAUGGAGAGUAUGAGACCAAGAAGCACUAA